UUCGUCAAAGCGCCAUAGCCCGGCGUGAACCCGUCGUUUAUUAUAAUAUUAUGUUAUCGUCUGCUUGCUGUUCCAACUCUUGAAAGAAAGGAUUUUCGGCAGGGCUUUUCGGGUAAAAAUUGAAGGGAUCAAUUUCCAAAAAUGGAUGCACAGAAGUUACGUGAUGUAGCAUGUGCAGAAAUUGACAAAAACGCAGAAGAUUUGGCGGCACUCAGCAAUGUACUCUGGACCAACCCAGAGCUAGCCCUAGAGGAAUUUAUAGCACACGAUGCACUAACAACAUUCUUAGACAAGCAAGACUUUGAUAAAGUAGAGAAAAACUUUGUGUUGCCAACAGGAUUCCGCGCUGUAUUUGGGGACAAAAGUAAGGGCCCCCAUGUGGCUAUUAUGAGUGAAUUUGAUGCCCUACCUGACAUAGGGCAUGCUUGUGGACAUAAUCUCAUUGCUGAGGUGGGCGUGGCAGCCGCUCUCGGGGUCAAGGCUGCACUCAAAUCUGUGGAUGUGCCAUUUGGACAGGUGAGUUUACUGGGGACCCCUGCAGAGGAGGAGCAUGGGGGAAAGAUUGACUUCAUCAAAGCGGGCGUGUUCAAGGAUGUGGAUGCUGCCAUGAUGGCCCACCCUGCCCAGUAUGAGGUGCUCCGACCAAACUAUGUGGCCAUCUCCGAAAUCAUCAUUGACUUCAUAGGUGUAGAGGCUCACGCGGCGGAGUUUCCCUGGGAAGGAGUUAAUGCCCUUGAUGCAGCCAUCUUGUGCUACAACAACGUCUCCUGUAUGAGGCAGCAGCUUGAUCCGGGCUGGAUGAUUCAUGGCAUUGUGACUGACGGAGGAGCCAGGCCUAACAUCAUCCCCCGGCGGGCCUCGCUGGAGUACUACAUCCGCACACCCAAAAACCGCGACCUCAAGAAGCUAGAGAGGAAACUCAGAAACUGUAUUCAGGGGGCUGCACUAGCCACUAACUGUGAGGUGCAGGUCAAAGUGAGGUCAUCGUUCCUGAACCUGCUGUCCAACGAGACGAUGAUCAAGAAGUACGAGGAGUACACCACACAGCUGGGGACGGAGGUGGACACGGAUGAGACGCACCAGGCCCUGGGGGGUGGAUCCACAGAUAUGGGGAACGUGUCGUACGAGGUCCCCAGCAUUCACCCAGACUUUGCCAUCGGAUCUGAUUGUAACACACACACCAAAGAGUUUACACCAGCUGCAGGUUCAAAGGAGGCGCAGAUCUACACAAUAAGAGCGGCCAAGUCACUGGCCAUGCUGUGCAUUGACAUCAUGACGGACAAAGACUUCCUGGAUAAGAUCAAGCAGGAGUUUGAAGAGGAGUCGCAGUGACGAAAACAGUGCCAUAGAAAUAUUACAGUUGUAAAAUUUUCCCUCCACCUCAACCAAGCAAGCAUUUUGUUCUUUAUUUACCUCAACCAAGGAAGCAUUGUUUUUACUACAUGUAUUAUUUUUAAUAGCAAAUAAUCUGUGUCCAAUAUUCUCUCCAAAAAUAAAUAGAGAGCAUACAUUUUUUGCUUGGUCCAUGGGUCAAGUAUUGCAACUUUAACUUGCAAGUUGAGGACUAUUUUCUGUCCUUUAAGAGGGACUACAUUGAUGAAUAGCCAGUCCUGUAGCCAUUAAAUGGCGGUAGUAUCCACAACAAUUCAUUCUGCCAAGUAUUUAAUGUAAUAUCAUCAACAUUGGAUGUGUUUCAAGAUCCUUUAUUACAGGAAUUAAGACACAGUCAAACUCCUGAACUUGAGAUACAAGUGUUUUUUUUGGCUUGGUAGGUUUUUUAUUCUUUGUAAUGGGGAUGUUUGAUUAAAAAAAAAAACCAAAAUUUUGAAAUGGGUAUAAAAUGACUGAACAAAAAUAAAAAUACCAGUCUGAGAGUUUCUGCUUUAAUGAAAGUCAUGAUAAUGAAAAUGUCGCGGUAAUCGAAAUAAUUGACACAAAUACACAUUUCUUCACAUUUUCAGAGGGAAAAAGUUGUAAACACUCCUUUCUCUGUAUAUUUCAUUUUUUAUGAGGAAAUUAUCAAUUAAUGUGGGUUUUUUUUCGUUGGUUUGUUUGUUUUUUCUUAAUUCGAUGCUUUGGCUGUGUAACAUUUAGUUUUGACUAAGGUGAAAAAUUGUGAUAAUGAUGUGAAAUUGAAAAGUAUUUAUAAAUCUUGUUGUAAGAGUG